UGCUCCCUGCUCCAUGGUACACACUGAGCUCCUUCCAGAAAAAGUUUUACAGCAAGCUCACAGUUGCUUUAAAUUAGAAAAGUUGGCAAAUGGCCGAGGAAAGAAACGAGAGCUUGUUGAGCUGAGACAGACAGUUACAAAACUCCCUGCGAGAGCAUCAAGCUUUAGAUACCUUUUCACAAAGUACCCUAUUUGUCAUCGCAGCAUUUAGAUUUGUUUUAAAGGCUUUUGAAUUACCAAAAAUUACCUGUUGGCUUGAAUUUACAACUCUUGCACUACUCAAACGGAGCACGUUGCUUUCCCUGAAAAAUCCGAUGUCAUCUACUCAAGUGUGAGGAACCCAGUGGACUAUGAUUUCUUUGAAUGCUGUAAAUUAGCCCUGAAGGAAUGGACAACUCCAACAAAAAACCCCACACAAGUUUUAUGAGAAGACAGUAAAGGAAUUAGAAAAAAUAGCUUGGCUUGCAGAUUCUCACCUGACCCAUGCAACACUAAAUUAAGACACCUUUGUACAUCAGGUGUGAGGAUGUUUGUGUUGCUGUACAUUACAAGUUUUGCCAUCUAUACGAGUGAGCAACCACUUCAAAGCCAGCUCAAAGGAGAAAAUUACUACACCAGAUACAUCUGUAGCAUCCCUGGUUUGCCAGGCCCUGCAGGUCCCCCUGGAGCCAGCGGAUUCCCGGGGCCACAUGGACGCAUUGGUCUUCCAGGAAGAGAUGGUAGAGAUGGCAGGAAGGGAGAAAAAGGUGAAAAAGGGAGUGCAGGUUUAAGAGGAAAGACUGGGCCAUUAGGACCAGCUGGAGAGAAAGGAGACCAAGGUCACUCUGGUAAAAAAGGACCUGGAGGAUUGACUGGUGCCAAAGGUGAAGUAGGUCCAGCUGGACCACCUGGACCUAAGGGAGAUAAAGGAGACCGAGGAGAGCCUGGUGCCCCAGGGGUCUGUAAGUGUGGAAAGAUAGUGCUGAAAUCUGCCUUUUCUGUUGGUAUCACCACGAGCUACCCAGAGGAAAGAUUACCAAUUGUAUUCAAUAAAGUCCUCUUCAAUGAGGGGGAGCAUUACAACCCUUCCACAGGGAAGUUCAUCUGUGCCAUCCCAGGGAUUUAUUACUUUUCUUAUGAUAUCACCUUAGCAAACAAGCAUCUUGCAAUUGGGCUGGUCCACAAUGGGAAAUACCGGAUAAAGACUUUUGAUGCCAACACAGGCAACCAUGACGUAGCUUCUGGAUCCACGGUGAUCUACCUUCAGCCAGAAGAUGAAGUAUGGCUUGAGAUCUUCUACACUGAUCAAAAUGGUCUCUUUUCUGAUCCAACGUGGGCAGACAGUUUGUUUUCUGGAUUUCUCCUCUACGUUGACACAGAUUACCUUGACGCUUUAUCAGAUGAAGAUGAGCUCUGAAGCAGAUGAUAACAAAUGACAUUCAAACUGGACACCCCAGCACUGGAUUUUAUCCAGCUGUGUGGGAAACACAAAGUUGAAAGAAAAAAUAAAAAUCUGAGAGUUUAUUCUUGCAGUGAGGAUGUUUCUAUAAUCUAAGUUGGAUUUUUUUACUAAACAGCAGGGAUAUCAAAAGGAACUGUAAUUAACAGAACUGCUUCACUCCAGGACUGACUCUUCCUGAAAGUUAUGUUUAUAAUACUAUUUAAACAAAUUUAAGAUACUGUACAUUGGAUUUUAUAUAAAAUAUAUUAAGUGGCAAUGUAGAAUGGAUAUUUUGUAUAUGAUAUUAAAAUAAAAUUGAACAACUGACCACAA